ACAAGAAUCAGCUGUUUUCUGAAAAUUUUCACUGGAAGUCGUUCGCAUACUUUUGCUUGCAAAUUUUUUUGAAGAGAGUAAAAUGGCUCUUGCUCUCCUGCAAAUUUUUACUAGCAAUUUUUUACUGGAAAAGUCCGCGAACAGACCUAUUCUAGUUGUUGUUUGCAUUAUCAUGUGCAGCAGCCGCACAAUCAAAAGAUUAUAAAGGUGUUAAUUAUAAAUUCAAACAAUUAAAUUGUGAAAAAAGGAACAAAGUGUGAAAAAAAAUUAAAUCCAAAUAACUUUUUUGACGUUCUAGUGAGAUUUAGAUACAACUCUGGAGUUGGACAAUUCCAUCAGCUGGGCAAGUGAGCCAAUCUUCUUAAUUCAACCAUGGUUUGUACCAAAUUCAGAAAUACCAAAUACUAAACCGUCGCAAUCGUACAAGAAAAAGACUUGAUUUCCCUUUUCAACAAUAAUAAUUUACUUUUGUAUUUUCGUCGUGAGCUUACAAGAAUAAGUAAAGCCUUCUUCAAAAUUAGAGACCAACAUUGAGAACAGCGAAUUUGUUUACAUAUCGCUGGGAAGACAAAGAAACAAAUUUUUUUUUUUGGUGAAAUACAAUAUAUUCCAUCUCACACACACAACGUCGCAUACAUACAUAGCACUUUUUUUGUUUUAUACACAUUCCACUAACUUUAGUUCAACAAGAGAGUGCAAUAUAAAUUGAAUGGCUUGCGCAGCACCAGCAGGCAAAGAUGCAAGCACAGUUCCAUCUACGUCUUUAGUACCAUCUGGUGCUUCAGGUGCAUCGUCUUCCGGUAGUUCUGGUGCAGUAGGAGGGGUCGGUGGAGUUGGUGGGCCUGCGACAGGGCCAGUCGUAGCCCCAUCGUCAAGGGGUGGCGCCACAGCUCAAGCAGCCGGUGGCUCAGGGGGCACAAGCGGCGCUGGUAUUGUUAAUCGCCAGUCGCGUUUUGCCAUUGAAGGUGUAGGUGCCCGAGUCAUACGUGGACCCGAUUGGAAAUGGGGCAAGCAGGACGGUGGAGAAGGCCAUGUUGGUACUGUACGCAAUUUUGAAUCAUCUGAAGAAGUCGUCGUUGUCUGGGAUAAUGGAACAGCUGCCAAUUAUCGUUGCGCCGGCGCUUACGAUUUACGCAUUUUGGAUAGUGCACCCACUGGCAUUAAGCAUGAUGGCACCAUGUGUGAUACGUGCCGUCAACAGCCAAUCUUUGGAAUUCGAUGGAAAUGUGCGGAAUGUGUCAACUAUGAUUUGUGCUCAAUUUGUUAUCAAGGUGAUAAACAUCAUCUUAGACAUAGAUUUUAUCGUAUUGCCACACCCGGAGGAGAGCGUACCAUGUUGGAACCAAGACGUAAAUCGAAGAAGGUAGCGGUACGUGGCAUUUUUCCAGGUGCCCGUGUUGUACGUGGUGUAGACUGGCAGUGGGAAGACCAAGAUGGUGGUGUGGGCAGACGUGGUAAAGUGAAUGAGGUACAAGAUUGGUCUUCUGCUUCACCACGUUCGGCAGCCUAUGUAGUAUGGGAUAAUGGGGCAAAGAAUUUAUAUCGUGUUGGUUUCGAAGGAAUGGCCGAUUUAAAGGUUGUCAAUGAUGCAAAGGGUAACACGGUCUAUCGUGACCACUUGCCUUUGCUGGGUGAAAAUGGCCCUGGCAAAGGACCCCACGGUUUUCAGUUAGGUGAUAAGGUCACUGUCGAUUUGGAUCUAGAAAUUGUGCAGUCUUUGCAGCAUGGCCAUGGCGGUUGGACUGAUGGCAUGUUUGAAUGUCUUAAUAAUGUUGGUUUAGUUGUGGGUAUCGAUGAAGAUCACGACAUUGUAGUUGGCUAUAAUUCAGGCAAUCGUUGGACUUUUAAUCCCGCUGUACUCACAAAGGUGUCUUCACAGACAACGGCUCCACCAGAAUUUCAGGUGGGUGAUAUCGUUAAAAUCUGUUCCGAUGUGGAGAGCAUAAAGCAGCUGCAACGCGGCCAUGGUGAAUGGGCCGAUGCUAUGCAAUUAACAUUAGGCAAAGUGGGAAGAGUGCAACAAGUUUACCAUGACAAUGAUUUAAAAAUAGAGGUGGGCAAUACUUCAUGGACUUAUAAUCCUUUAGCGGUGACAAAAAUCGCCUCGGCCAAUACGGAUGGUAGCUGUGUGCCAGUUAUAUCAAGCGGAGAACGCUUGUCGGCAAUAUUGAAGAAAUUAUUUGAGCCCAGUGUAUCGGGUGAUGCCACUGAGGAGUUUGUUAAAGCAGCCGCCAAUGGUUAUGCCGCCCGUUGCGAGGAGUAUCUCACUGGAGCCCUACAAGCCUCAAGCAGUGCAUCUUCUGUUAAUACUCAAGCUGCAGGCACCAGUGGCUCUUCGUCCAGUGUGAGUACUAUUGCCGACGUUAAUGGUGUUUUUGCCGGUCACACCGCAUUGCAGGCAGCAAGCCAAAAUGGCCACAUUGAGGUUAUUCAAGUUCUCUUGCGUCACAAUGUUGAUGUGGAAAUCGAAGAUAAAGACGGCGACCGUGCUGUACAUCAUGCAGCUUUUGGCGACGAACCUGCUGUAAUUGAACUUCUCUCUAAAGCAGGAGCCGAUCUUAAUGCUCGCAAUAAACGGCGACAAACGGCUUUACAUAUUGCCGUGAACAAGGGUCACCUAAAUGUGGUUAAGACUUUACUUAGUUUAGGCUGUCAUCCUAGUUUGCAAGAUUCCGAAGGGGAUACGCCAUUGCACGAUGCUAUCUCCAAGGAACACGAUGAAAUGUUAAGUUUAUUGCUCGACUAUGGGGCAGACAUAACUUUGACUAAUAACAAUGGCUUCAACGCUUUGCACCAUGCCUCACUGAAAGGAAAUCCUAGUGCUAUGAAAAUAUUGCUUACCAAAACCAAUCGCCCUUGGAUUGUGGAAGAGAAGAAAGAUGAUGGCUACACUGCUUUGCACCUGGCAGCUUUGAAUAACCAUGUUGAAAUUGCAGAACUUUUGGUCCAUAGUGGAAAAGCCAACAUGGACAGGCAAAAUGUUAAUUUGCAAACCGCUUUACACUUGGCAGUAGAAAGACAACAUGUACAAAUAGUUAAACUUCUUGUACAAGAGGGCGCCAAUUUAAAUAUUCCCGACAAAGAUGGUGACACUCCCUUGCAUGAAGCCUUGAGACAUCAUACACUAUCCCAACUCAAGCAAUUGCAGGAUGCGGAAGGUUUUGGCAAACUAUUAAUGGGCCUACGCAAUCCCAAUAAUAAGAAAGCUUCGGCAUCUAUAGCAUGUUUCCUGGCAGCUAAUGGAGCGGAUUUGACUUUAAAGAAUCGCAAACUGCAAACACCUUUGGACUUAUGUCCUGAUCCAAAUCUCUGCAAAACUUUGGUUAAAUGCUACAACGAACGUAAAACUGAUGACUCCGAAUUACCGGGCAAUGUGGCCGGUAGCACCUCAAGAGCACGUGCUCUGGCAGCAAAUCCUGCAGCGGCCGCUGUUGUUUGCUCCCGACCUUUAUCGGUCAUAGACACCAUUGGGUUACAUGCAUCAUCCAGCAACUUACCAAUGGCAGCAUCGGGUUCAAGCAGUGCUGCCUUGAAUACGCUGUCGCAAGAUUUAUCUCAAUCUCUGACCUUAGAAACUUCCUCAAAACUAGAAGCAACAAACAAUGUUUCAAGUCUCGAAGAAUGCUUCCUUUGUUCGGAUUUCAAGAGGGAUACGGUAUUUAAGCCUUGUGGCCAUGUAUGUUGUUGCGAUAAUUGUGCUCCGCGGGUUAAGAAAUGCCUUAUAUGCCGUGAAACUGUGGCCUCGCGAGAGAAAAUCGAUGAAUGCCUGGUUUGCUCCGAUCGCAGGGCUUCGGUGUUCUUCAAGCCUUGCGGUCACAUGGUAGCCUGUUCCAAUUGCUCCAGUCUAAUGAAAAAAUGUGUAUUAUGCCGUACACAAAUUGAUGAGAUGAUGCCGUAUUCUUUAUGUUGUGGUGGUGAGAGUAGCAUUGAAAAGGUUCAAAAUCCCAAUGCCCACAAUGAGAACGAAAAACCCCAAGGAAUGUUGGUUAGUGGUUGUGGCAUUAACACUUCAGGUCAUGGAGUGGCCAUGAACAAUACUGUGACCACCACACCCAAUGGUAAUAACAAUCAUGUUCAGGCCCAAAACAACAUACUGACUGCUAACAACACUGCUAACAGCGUUCUAUUGGCGCCAUCAAAUGUCAACAAUUUCCAAGUGGACGAUGUACAAAAGCUUAAGCAGCAACUGCAGGACAUAAAAGAACAAACAAUGUGUCCAGUGUGCUUUGAUCGUAUGAAAAAUAUGGUUUUCCUUUGUGGCCACGGCACCUGUCAGAACUGUGGUGACCAAAUCGAUGGUUGUCCCAUUUGCCGCAAGACGGUGGAAAAACGCAUUUUAUUAUUUUAGAAUGCCAUAUAUAAUUCCCUAUUACUCAACACCAACCAAUUCCUUUAAAUAACCUGCCUUAUAAACAAGUUUUGUUUAACCUUUAUUAGUACUCUUAAUGAAAUUUUAAGUUGCAAGAUA